AUGGCGACGGUACGGCGGGCGCUGCUCUCGGCCCUGCCGGUGCUAGCAGCGCUGGCAGCGGCGCUGGCACUGGACAACGGGCUGGCACGGACGCCGCCGAUGGGCUGGCUGCACUGGGAGCGCUUCCUCUGCGCCACCGACUGCGCCACCGACCCGCGUCGCUGUGUCAGCGAGCAGCUCUUCGUGGAGAUUGCCGAUGUGAUGGCUGCCGAGGGAUGGAGGGACGCAGGCUACGAGUUCGUCUGCAUCGACGACUGCUGGAUGGCCCCGACCCGCGACAAGCAAGGCAGGCUCCAGGCUGACCCAAAACGGUUCCCCAGCGGGAUCCGCAAGCUGGCUGACUACGUUCACUCCAAGGGGUUGAAACUGGGAAUCUACAGUGACGUUGGGAACAAGACAUGUGCUGGCUUCCCUGGCAGUUACAACCACUAUGAGCUGGAUGCCCAAACAUUCGCCUCCUGGGGUGUGGACCUGCUGAAGUUUGAUGGCUGCAACUCUGGCACACUGGAGCUCCUUGCAGAAGGUUACAAGCGCAUGUCUCUGGCCCUGAACAAGACUGGAAGGAGCAUUGUGUACUCCUGUGAGUGGCCUUUCUACUUGAGGCCUGUGCAGCAGCCCAAUUAUACAGAAAUCAAACAGUACUGCAAUCACUGGAGGAACUUCUUUGAUGUCUAUGAUUCUUGGACCAGCAUCAAGAGUAUCUUGGACUGGACAGCACUUCAUCAGGACAGCAUUGUGAAGAUAGCUGGGCCAGGGGGCUGGAAUGAUCCUGACAUGCUGGUGAUUGGAAACUUUGGGCUGAGCUGGGACCAGGCAGUGACUCAGAUGGCAAUGUGGGCUAUCAUGGCAGCUCCCCUCUUCAUGUCCAAUGACCUGCGGCACAUCAGUCCCGAGGCUAAGUGGCUGCUCCAGAACAAAGAGGUCAUCGCCAUCAACCAAGACUUGCUGGGCAAGCAGGGAUACAGAAUCACCAAGGACAAGAACUUUGAGCUGUGGGAAAGGCCCUUGUCGGGCCAAGCCUACGCCGUGGCAGUGCUGAACCAGCAGGAGAUUGGGGGACCCCAGAACUUCACCUUCUCCCUCUCCUUCCUGGGCAAUGGGCUAGCCUGCAACCCAGCCUGCUCAGUCCAGCAGCUCCUGCCAGCCAGCAGGGACUGCGGGGUUUACAGCUGGGUCUCCUCCCUAAGCGUGGAGGUGAACCCAACAGGGACUGUGCUGCUGAAAAUAGUGCCACUAUAGGAGACAACUUUGUGUGAGCCUGACAGCCUAAGCUUAUCCCAAGGAGCCUGUCUCCUUCCUCCAAGCAGGCUGCCUUUGUCCUCAGGCAUUCAAGUGCUUCUACAUGGACUUCAAACCUUCAGCUUAACAGGACACUACCCAUCACUCCAUCACCACGAGGUUAACAGAAAGGGAUGCUGCUUCUCCUCUUCCAACACCAAGAGGUAACAGAGGAAGUGAUGCUGCUUCUCCUAUUUGCCUUUUCUCUGGCAUUUCAACUAAGUUGUUCUCCAAGGGGCUGUAAGGGCCCCAGCAGGGCAGCAACUCCUGGUAACACUCGCUACCAACCAAAACAAAGGAUGCAUGCAGCAUCUUGUGGCUCAGCUUGAACAUUUCAGGGACAACAGGGCUGCCUUGCUCUUGCCUUGCCAGACUGAGACACACAGUUCCAACAGCAAAAAAAGCUGCUCCACCCAAUGAUCUCCUCAGAGCAUGGACCUCUUAUUUCUGUCUUGUUACAUCUCAGGGACUGGCCUCAAUCACUUCUUAGUAGCUGCCUUCUUGAUGCCUGAUUAUUAUAAAUGUUAUUAAGUAUCAGGACUCAGCUUCUUACCCUUGAAGUCUCUCUCAGCUGUGGCUGUCACUUCCGUGUAUGUAACAAUUCUAUCUCCAGCCUUCACGGGGCCACUGUGAGCUGCCUUCAAAAAAUACCUGUGUGCUUUGUUUUCCAGGCAGCAGCCUUUAGGUUGAGUAAUAGGUCCUUGUAAGACAGAAGAUGGAUACUUAAUCAUUUAUGCAACUAUCAUCUACAAGCAUGUUCUCUUCUGACUACUACACAAUCAGGGUAUCUUGGGUUUGCUCCUAUUUCUGCAACUAUGCACUUUGAUUAAAAUGUCCCUUUGAAAGA